AUGCCAUCUGAUUCACAACUCAAUGUGAUUCAAACUCCACUAAACCUCAUUCAUCAAAACAAAACCCUCCUCAAUGUGAGGAGUCAACAAUCACAAGAGAGCUUCAAAUAUAACCAAAUGAUAGUGGAAAGGGAGUCUGCUAGAGUUUGGAGUGGCCUCGAAUUUGAGGUUGUACUUACUGAAGACUUGCAUCUCCCUAUAUAUUUCAGUUCGUUAAGCUGCUCAAAAAUCACAUACAUUCUAUCUGAACAACUCAAAAUGUCGAUGGCAUCUUCAUCAUCUUCUCCUUCUGCUCUGGCCUUUUCUUCUGAGCACUCGUACAACAGGGAAUCUACACUUACAAGGACGAUGAAACACUUCCUCAGGGAGAAUCAAUUGGCCCAUCUCUAA